AUCAAAAGAGUGUAUCUUCUUCUUAAAGGCCUUAAGCCUAGAGAGAAAGCAAACAAAUAACAAAAAUAAUUAGUAUUUUCGGGACGAAUCAAAAGAGAAUGGAUUUGUCGGAUUUAGAAUACAGCGAUGCGGGAGAAUCAGGUUGGACAAUGUACUUAGACCAUUCUUCUUCUGUUACAUUGCAUCAUUUUGAUGAUGACAAUGGAGUAACAAAACAAGAACAUGAUGAUGAUUCUUCCAUGGUGUCGGAUGCAUCAUCCGGGCCUCCUUAUUACUCUGAAGAGGCAGUCCCUGAGGAUCCCCUCCAACAAAACACACAAUAUUGGUGCAAGAGCAAAAUCAAGAACAAGAAGAAAGUUCAUGAAGAACAAGGAUAUAUUGAGCGAUUCAAUUCUUGCCUUGAUGACACAGCUUCUUCAUUGGCAACUGGAAAAGAAGUAUCAGCAUAUAAGAAACAUCGAGAUCAAUACCAACAAUUAGAUUAUUUCUCCCAAAGCUACUCCACAAGAAGAAUAAUCAAGGGAAAAUAUGAAUCGGGUUUCCUACAACAAGCUUUCCCGGUUGAGAAAUUUGCAUCGGAUCAUCAAGGUUAUGGUAUGUUCAUUGCUUACUGGCCAUUAAUUAAUAUAACUAUUAGACAUAAUGAUGCAUAAAAAUCGCAUACAUUAGUCAAUUUACUUAAUUAGUUAUUGUAGAUAUGUUGUAAUGUAAACAUCCUUUGGAAAGUAUAUUGUGGAUCCAGUUAGUCACAUUCCUAUAUUAAAAUAAUGCAUUUUAAAAAUUUAUGAUGUUUCAUGCAUGUAUGAGUAUAAAUGUAUGCAUGUAUAAGUGAUUUCUUUUCUUUUGUCCACGUAUAAGUGAAUUCUUUGCUUGGCUAUAUGUGUGUUUUUGCAGGUGGCAGUAACCAGAUAAAGAGAACAAGAUAAAAAAUGGUGGAUAUUUAUUAUUUUAUUUCAUCUCUUGAACAGAGAACACCUUCUUCCUUUGAGUAUGUUGGCUAUAUAUGUCUUUAAGAAAACCAUGUGGGUUUCUCCAUUUUUUUCUUGAUAAUGCCCAUACUAUGUUGUUAUUUUUUUCACUUUUUCUCGAUUUUGCAACUAUCAAGUUAUUUUCCUUAACAAAUAAAAAAUGUAAGUAACGUUUGAAACCAAAAAUCGUUGAAUGCAAAAAAAAAAAUUGGAUGAUAAAAAACAAAGAACAGAAAACUUGGAUUAAUCUUUUGGGUUAUUGACUUAUUUCAUAGCACGAUAAAUAAGUUUGAGAAAAGAUAAAUAAGUUUGUAAUAGGAUAUUGAUAGUACGUAUUGUAUAGUUCAGCUUACCAUCGGUUUAGUGUGGUAUAGUUUCCUUUCUGUUAAACCACUUAUGUAUAAAUACAGACCGUACCGUUGAACAUAUUUCAGAGUAACUGGAGAUAUUCUGUUACAAACUCAUAUUCGUCAAUAGUUUGCAUUGCAUCUAAGUAUCUAACCAACUUGGAACAUUAAGAGAGGUUUUAUGUCAAUAAUUUGCCAUGUCAGGCUACGGUAGAGGUAUAGAUUGUCCUAAUUAGUACAAGUAGAUUUCGUAAUUCGUAAAACUCCAACAAAAAUACGUCUUGACUCUCGAAAUCAGAUGAAUAUUGAUUGAUGAUAAGGGCAAUUAAUCAAAGAAGAAGCAACAGUACAUUGAUUGAACAUGUAAACAUAGCUACCAUUUCUACUUAUUUACUACUUUAAGUUUCGUACUCUCAUUACUUGUACAUUCCUACACAGCUGGUCAUGGACCCUUCUCAUUAUUGUACACCUUUCUGUGUACUAGUGGUUACAUUUAAUUGUUUUUAUAUAAAGCAUGUUAUGCAAAGUCAGAUUUAUAUUAUUCUUUACUUGUAACAUCUUUUUUUUUUUUGAAAAAUCUUUGAUUGUAACAUCACAAAGAACUUCGAAGCUGUUUCUUUUUUUUUUUGGAAAAUAUUUUAGAAAAAAGAAAAUAUGUUUCUUGACUGUUCGAACUUGUGAAAUAAUUUAAACAAGAUUUUGAUUUGCGCGUCUACGCUGGUGUAUUUUUAACAAAAUAUGAUGUUAUUUUUUAUGUCACUAUUUAGGGUUGGAUAAGAAAACUCGAAUUCGAAGAAUCGAACCGAUCUCAAUUCGAAUAAGUAGUACCAAAUCCGAACCGAAAUUGAUUAAAUAUUUGAAUUAUUCGAAAUUUUGGUAUUUGAAGAACUGAAACCUAAUCCGAUCCUAACCGAAAUAUUUUGGGUAUCCAAAAUAGAUUUAUAUACUUAUAUAUUAAUUAUUUUUAGAUUUAAUAUAUAUAUAUAUAUAUAAACAUCCAGAAUAUAUAUGAUACUUUUAAGUUUGUUUAAAUACUUGAAAAUAUAUAAAAAUAAUCAAAUAUAAAUAUCUAAAAUAGUUAAAAAUACUCAAAACUCCAAUAAUGCUUAAAUAAUUAUCAAUUCUCUAUCUAAAUAUUUAAACCAAACCAAUUUAUAUGUCAAGUUAGGUACUCGGACAUAUGUUAUUCAAAUUUAUAUGUAAUAUAUUCUAUUAUUUAUAAAUUUUUAAGAAAUUAAAGCGUAUAAUAAAUUUAUUUAUUUUUAAAUAAUUUAACUUGGUUAUCCAAAUCCGAACCGAAUCCUCAAAGAUCUGAACCGAACACGAAAUCCCAAAUAGACCCGAAACAAACCGAAUGCCCACCCCUAAUCACUAUUAUAUAUCCUAUAUGUGUCACCAUAUGUUACAAAAAUAUGUAUUAUCAUAUAAUUAAUGGUAUUUUAUACGUACCAUCAAAUAAAUUUUCUUAUAAUUAAUAAUAUUUUAUAUGUACAAUCAUAUAAAUAAGUCUCUAUAAAUAAUCACAUAUAUAUUAUAUUUUUAAAUUUCAGUGUGAAAUAUGAAAACCAGAAUUUAAGUUGGUAUUUGAAAUUGAGCUUUGUAUUGUAUUUUUUUUAUAUAUAUUGAAAACAUUUUUAUAAUGGUUAUUGGAAAAUAUGUUAGUAAAAAUCAAAUUUUGAAUAUAUGUAUAUUUUUGAAUACAUUUUUGAUAUAACUCAAUUUUAAAUUAUUAUUUUGAUUUAAAUAUAUAUAUCAAGUAACAUAAACUCAUUACUGUUUAAUAUAAUGUAAUGGAUUUCAAGUUUUUCUAAUAGCAUAAACCCUUUUUUUUUUCUAACUUACUGUUAUCUAUGUUUCCAAACAAUACUAUUUUUUUUAACUGCUAUUUAUGUUGACAAACAAAAACUUAAAGUACUUCUACUUUGAUAAGAUAGAUACAAACGGUAAAAAUUUAAAGAAAUAAAACUUCAGAAUAGAAAG